AAACAUACAGCAUUUGCUACUUUUCCCAAUGAAAAAGCAGCAAUAAAGGCAUUGACAAGACUUCAUCAGCUGAAACUUCUAGGCCAUACUUUAGUUGUUGAAUUUGCAAAAGAGCAAGAUCGAGUUCAUUCCCCAUGUCCCACCUCAAAUACAGAGAAAAAGAAAAGGUCGGAUGACAAUGUGGAGGAUGAUAAAGAGAAGAAAGAGCCUGACUUUUUGACAAUAGAAAAUGGAAUUGCACCAAAUCAUGGGCUGACUUUUCCUCUAAAUUCAUGCCUCAAAUAUAUGUACCCACCACCUUCAAGCACAAUCCUUGCAAAUAUAGUAAAUGCCCUGGCAAGUGUGCCGAAAUUCUAUGUACAGGUGCUUCAUCUUAUGAAUAAAAUGAAUUUGCCCACACCAUUUGGACCUAUUACUGCACGACCCCCAAUGUAUGAGGACUAUAUGCCACUGCAUGCACCCCUUCCACCUACGUCACCACAGCCACCUGAGGAACCUCCCUUACCAGAUGAGGAUGAGGAUUUAUCUAGUAAAGAAUCAGAGUAUGAAAGCAGUGAUGAGGAGGACCGACAGAGAAUGAACAAAUUAAUGGAACUAGCAAAUCUUCAGCCCAAAAGACCCAAACCUGCAAAGCCACGCCAAGUGAGAAAAAAGCAAAAAAUAAAGGAUAUGUUGAAUGUACCUUCGUCAGCUUCACAUAGUUUGCAUCCUGUGCUGUUACCAUCAGAUGUAUUUGACCAACCACAACCUGUAGGCAGUAAAAAAAUUGAAUUCAAUAUAUCUACCAACAUGCCAGCAGCAUUUAAGAAAGAUUUGGAGAUGGAACAGAAUAACGAGGAAAAAAAUUCUGAUUCACCAGAUACUGGACUUGAUGAUUCAAAUACAGGAUUUGGAAAAAUCUUCCCCAAACCUAAUUUGAACACCACGGAAGAGAUUAAAGACGAUUCUGAUGAAAUGCCCUCACAAUGUAUUUCUCGAAGGGAGUUGGAUAAGGGUCGAAUUUCUAGAGAAGAAAUGGAAACCCUUUCAGUUUUCAGAAGUUAUGAACCUGGUGAACCAAACUGCCGAAUUUAUGUAAAGAAUUUAGCUAGACACGUUCAAGAAAAGGACCUUAAAUUUAUAUUUGGAAGAUAUGUUGACUUUUCUUCAGAAACACAGCGGAUAAUGUUUGAUAUUCGCUUGAUGAAAGAAGGACGUAUGAAAGGACAAGCUUUUGUUGGACUUCCAAAUGAAAAAGCAGCAGCUAAAGCCUUAAAAGAAGCUAAUGGCUAUGUUCUUUUUGGAAAACCCAUGGUGGUUCAGUUUGCUCGAUCUGCUAGACCAAAACAAGACUCUAAAGAAGGAAAACGGAAGUGAUAGGAGUGGAAAAAGGUUCCUUCUGAAUUCUCUGUCUUUCAAGUACUGUGGAACUAUGAGAGAAGAAAUUGGCCAUCUGUGGAACUGUGGACAAUGGAACUGUGCGUAACAACAUUGAAAGCAUUAAAAAAUCUUCACAUUAGUGCUUGGAGAUAUUUUAUAAUAGUUUAUUGCAUAUAAAAUAAAUUAUUUUCUUCUUA